CAUCGCCAAUUAUUCAAUUUCAGGUGAGUGCCGUUGCAUGAGGAUUACGUCUUAUUCCCUAAAUGGUUCUUUUGAGCAAUAUGGACUGUGCUUGGUCCUAUCAGCUGCCAAUGGGCGGAGGGACCUACUAGACCCAAGAGGCUAUCCGGAAGCGCGCCUUGACCCCCCCUCCUCCACUUAGCACUGAUCCCUUGAGGGCCAAGGUGUUCAUGAACAUCUGGAUUCCCAUCUUUCCCCAUCAUCUCUUCUGCAUCAAUUGCUGACCGACGAAAUGCAGACCUCAGGCUUCCGAUUCAACGCAGGUCAAUUUCCAAAGCCUCAGAACGGCAUUGCAGUUCAGCAGGCUUCACGACCGCCGCCAGCAUUUCCUGCCAAGGGAGGAAUGGACAUUGGAGGACUUCUCAACGCCAGGAAUGCAGCUGCCGCCGACGCGGAGUUAAGACGUCAACUACAGCAAUCAAUGCAGAUGAACGGCGGCGUGGCAUACAGCAUGAGCCACAACCAAGGCCCGACGAUGGCUCACCAUCCACAGCAUACCAUGCAACCACCCAGUGGAUUGCCAUACGGUGCUUUGGGUCAGCAUCAGCACAACCCACAGAUGUACGCGCAGAGCUACAUCCCUCGUCAACAGGAGAAUCAAAACGCGCUCGACGACAACUUUGGCGCGAUCAAACCAAAGCCCGUGGGCGCACCGAAGGCAUUCGCAUGCAGUACUUGUCAGAAGGGCUUCGCGAGGCGAAGUGAUCUUGCCCGACACGAACGGAUUCACAGCGGUAUCAGGCCUCACGCCUGUGAUUACCCGGGAUGCGGCAAACAAUUCAUCCAGAGAUCAGCUCUUACGGUGCACGCAAGAGUUCAUACGGGCGAGAAACCUCACAUGUGCGAGCGUUGCGGAAAGCCCUUCUCCGACUCGAGUUCACUUGCGCGACACAGAAGAAUCCAUUCCGGCAAGCGACCGUACAAAUGCCCGUAUGCCAAUUGCCAGAAAACGUUCACAAGGCGGACGACUCUGACCAGGCAUAUGAAUCAUCAUACGGGCACGAUCGAGCAAGCAGCAGCAGAGACUAACGCCAAACUAUCGACCACGCAGGCCCAGAGUCAGUCCCUCUAUGGAUCCACAUCCGGCUCAUCAAGGAACUCGACGGCUUCGCCCGCCGAUAGGCAACUCUCAGUCUCGCCCAACACUGCACUGCCUGCAGCGACCAAUCAAAUGCAGAGGCAAGGGUCAGACUAUGGAUACAUUUCUCAAAACCAUUCGUUGCCUCCACACAUGAGGACGGAUUUUCAGCAGAAUGCAUCACGCCAAAGUCCAUCUCUCGGUGGCCACAACCUUCACAACUACACCAGCGCUCCUCAGCAGCAAAGGCCAACCACAUCGAACCCUUCCAACUACGGCCCACCGCGGCCUAUGGAGCCCCCUGCAACCGGCACAGGCAGUGGUGGCGCUUCCCCUCAUAUGGGAGCCCUCGGAUGGGGAUCUCCCAACGCUGGAAAUCUUCCCAACCCUCCUACGAUGGACAACUAUGCUUAUCCUGACCCUGGCUACGGCGGUCACCCCAUGUAUUAUCCGGGCAGCAGCAUUCGGCGACCGCAAAGCACCGAACCGGAAGGGUACGACAUUCGAGCGCGACACCCUCAUAUGGCUCACCACGUGCCGAUUACAGCCGAUUGGAGUGCCAUGCCGAUAGCUGUCCAGGAUCAUCGGCAAGAACGAUAUGUGAUGUAGCCAAGUCACAUUUGAAGGAUUCUUGACCCGUUUUGAGAUGGAUCAGUUCGUCCCACACUAGAGGGCGCGCUCAAUUAUUCUGGGCCUGGCUCCAACAAAAUGGAGUUUUGGACCAUUCUCGCUGACCGGCCCUCCCGAGCGCGCCGAAAGCAGCUGAGGCGCUCCGAGCGCACAGCCGUUGUUUUGUCAUGAUACCCCGGAAAGGUCAUUUUGCGUUUGAUUAUUCCGUCAUGGAUUCGCCGGAUUUUGUGGUUUUUUACACUUCAUUGUACGAUAUUCAUGAGUCUCAAUUAAUGGAACCAGGAGCAGGAGCAGGAGCAGGAACAGGAACAGGAACAGGGUGGAUCAGGACUCGAAUCAGCGUGAUAGGAACUAUUGUACAAACGACGUUUUUUUCUUCAGAAAAGGGAGUCGAGAGGCUGUGGAACUCUGUGGGAUCUCGAACGGCAGUGGCUGGUGAAGCACUAGCCUUGCGACGCACAGGCAUCAUGGUGAUCAUGGCGCAAUAUAGGCUUGAGGUGUGUGCGGAUCCGGAGGCGUCUGGAGUUUUGUUGCAUCGAAUGGCAGUGGCGGCAUUGGGUCAUGCCAGGUUGAAAUCGUUUGAGCGUGGGGCUUGGAUGCCAGGACUAUUGCUUUGUCGCGUUCAAUCAAUUCACCAUUUAUUGCGUCUAGCAUGGCGGAUUGGAGUCAGGUCUGCCCACUUCUGACGUGUAACGUAGAUACAUGAGGGACCAAGUACGAAUGUUGUACCUUGCAUGGGUCCUCAGCCCCCCUCCCCCUCAGCCUAGACAGCCUACACAGCCUAGACACUCUAAGGGGUGGCCUCAUGAGGCGGCAGUUGGUUGCA